UCAGGGCCCUGCCGUGCCUGGGUGUUUGUGCGGUUGUGUUCCCUCGCUCUGAAGGCAUGGCGGACCCUUGGGAUGUGUUCGGCUCGGACAGCGACGAGGACCAGCCAGCAGCAAUCACGGCCACUCCAAAACCACCACCACCACGUCCGCCGGCAGCGGUAAGCCUGCCAACUGCCAGAAGAAAGAAAAUAUUGUACGCUUGGGAAUCCCUGCUGCCGAGGUUUCAGUUUCCACCCGGUUUCGACGAGGGGGGCAUCAUCGAGAAGGUAGAAGAUUCGAACAGCGGUGCCGUUGCGGAAGAUGCAGGAGGACCUGCGGCUAGGGCGCCGUUUUGUACCCCUCCCGUGUUCCAGCAUCCGUCCGUACGCUACGAGGGGAGCAUGCCGCACCGAGGAGGGGGGAGAGGCUUCACGGCCGCUACUGACAUUGCCCCGGGCACGCUGCUGCUGGCGGAGAAGCGCUUCUUGCCGAUGCCCACAGCGAUUGAGUGCGGCCAGGCGGGGGGAGUGGGACAGGAAGAGUUAUGCCUCCAGUGGAUACUGGAACUCCCUCCAGCGAGGCUGAAACGUGUGCUAGGAGAGCUGCGAUGGCUACACCCUCAGUCGCUACAGGACCUACCAGAGAGCGAAGCAGCUGCGCUUAUGUCAAGGCACGAAGAAACCGCUAAGGUUAUGGUCGCCAAGCUCAGACGGGAGAGCUCGGCAACAGAAGCAGAAGCGGAGGCCAUGGGGCUAGACGUGCCUGGCAUCGUGCGGCUCUUCGGGGCGCUACAGAGCAACGGCUUCGCGAGCGGGAUAUAUCUGCACCCGGCCAUGACUAACCACAGCUGCAGGCGCCAGCGGCCGAACGCCAUCAAGUGGCGAGCGGGGCAAUCUAUCUCGGACACGCAAAUGCCCGUUAGUAGAAAGACGGGGGUCAAUCCGGACCCCGCCGGCGAGAAAGGGUCGCUGCUCAGCGAGAUCCGCGCCACCGAGCUCAUCCGAACGGGGCAAGAAAUCACGAUAUCGUACUUGGAACCAAGGGAGAUCGCCUUGGCGUCAAGACAGGCUCGGCUGAAGGAUCAAUUCGGCUUCAACUGCAGCUGCGUCUUGUGCGAGGGCCAUGCCGAUCACAGACAAAGCAACAGCGAAGCUACUGCUGCUUCUGCUGCUGUACAUGAGCGUGUCGCACCUUUGGAGGCCUUCCUUCGGCAGGGCCGGCCGGAGCACCAAGACGAGAUUGCGCCGCCGACUUGCCAGAAGGGUGGUGCAGUUUGCCGACGAAACACAUCAGGCGAGCCAGGCAGGAAUAAGUCUGCGGAUGGGAGGAAGGGAGGAGAAGACAUUGGAGAGGACGCCUUUAGUCCCGGCCGGGGGGGCGCGGAAGAAGGAGAGGGGAGGGAGUGGUUGGGACCGGAGGACGCAGGUCACAGCGUAGGAGGAAGCGGGGAAGAGGACGAAGAAGAGGAUCGCGGAGGUCUGGUCGCUAGGAACGUUCUGGAGAGAAGGCUUGAGGCGGCGGAGAGCGUCCUUGACCUAUCGAGGGCGAAAGAGGUGAAAUGGGCGGGAGUGCUGUCAGAGGUAUUGGGCUACCGAAGACAGGCCAGCCGGUGGCUUUCGGGUCGGCAUAUCUCCCUAGCGCGUGCCGACAAGCUCAUCGCCAAGGCUUGCAUUGCCAUCCUUCAAGGUUCGACCGAGGCAGCGCAAUCAGAUGUGGGAUGUGCGGCAGCAGUGCUUCAGGCUUCCAACGAUCUUCCCAUGUCUUUCGGGGGAAGACGCGGAUUGGAAAGCACCUUGCCCCCCACGAAAGGUGGAUUCAAGACCAGGCUACUGGCCGUGUUUGUCGCGUCUCUAAUUUCCAGAAGAAAGACGCAGCUGUUGUACCUAGGGGAUGGUCCGCACCCGGAAGCUGGAGCCUGCCUUGCGGACUUGUCUCAAGCCAUGACAAUGCUUCUGGGGCAAGGAUCUGAGGGGGAGACGUGGAUCGGACGCCUCCCGGGCCACGACAGCGACGGGACGAACGACGCCAAGGUGAAGAGUCCCCGCGAGGCCAAGGGGGAAGUCGGGCAGGAGGGAGUGGUGGGGGAGGGGUUAUGGUGGUGUGACGGUGGGGUAAGCGGCGCGUCCUUGUUCGAGAGAGAGUGUGACAAGGUGGCCAAGAGAAUUGGACGCCUGUUUGACGCACCACGCGCGUAAAUAGUCAUGAAUGAUGGAUGACGUUAGGGGACUGCUGGGGCUGUCUCGCACGACGCGGUUGACACACGAUUGCUCAACGCCUACUUGGUACUUUACCGCAGUGCCAAGGCACCGAUGCUGCACGGACGACUGCGAAGCGGUGAUACAAUGAUGUGGGUUUAGACGGCUGGGCGAAGAUGUAUCAGCACCCGAGCAGUAGUGUCCCUGUCAAAACAAGAAUGGGACCGAGUGCUUGUUUGAUGCACGGAGGACGCAAGCAGAAUGCGUCACGUGCAUCAGAAGAAAUUGCCAUUGAUAUCGCAGCUUGCCUCGGGCAACCGUGCUGGUCCAGUAAGAGGUUUUCGUUUUUUUUUCAGGUGGUCUCUCGUUUCCACCGGGCGUUGCAAACGGGAAAUUUCAGUUGAACUCAACAUAAGGGAGGAUAGGCCCAGUUCCACACGAAGAAGAGGUGUCCGCUCGUGUGGCUGUCCACCGAGAGAAGAAUAUACUUGAUGAAUCCGAUGAUACACGGAGUAAAUAUGCGUCACGUGCAUCAGAAGAAAUUGUUACUUUGCGCGAGGCUCGUGUUCUUGGUUCCUCUGUCUGCUGCCGAGAGCCACUGCCCCGUAUGAAUGAGGGUUUUCCAGUGAGGGUUUCAUCUGGGCAUCACAACGGUGUGCGACGAAAAUGGUCAUC